AUGAACCACCCGCACGCAGACCCGAGAGGACCGCGGUCAUUUGGGUCCGCAGCUCGGAGACCACAACUGUCGUUCGGACCCCACAACUGCCCACCCCCGGGCGGCCCACCGCGUCGCUGCAGAGGACUUGCACUCCGAGGCUCUCCCUCCCACUUCCCUCUCAGGCCCCUUCUCCACGCCGGGCCUCGAGGCGAGGAAGGCGGCGCGCAGGACCUCCACGUCUCUCGAGGCACAAGAGGCCGGGGCGGCGCCCCAUUACGGCCGCGCGUGCUCAACCCCGCGCCUCCGGCUCUCAGCACCGCCAGCCCUCGCUCUGGAGGAAACGCCUCGUGGCCUGAGGCCCCGGAGCCCACCCUUGCAUCUGGUCCGCAGAACGUGGCCCGUCCUGCGCCCGUUCUCUUCCGAAAAGCCGCGGCCACAACCGAGCCUGCCUCGGCGCCCUCAGACCGCGCCCGGCGACGAGCACCGCCCAGCCCGCGAGUCUGCGGCGCCGGAAUUCCGGACAGGGCCUCUCCGUCGCGAGUGCGCAGGCGCGCAGGGGGCGGGGCAAGUCCCUCGCGGCUCAGCAGGGGCUCCGAGAGGCGGAGGGGACCAGAUCCCCGCGGGGCAGGGCGGCGAGGAAGCCGGGCUCCCUGGCGGGCCGGUUCCAUCCGUGCCCGUAGCAGUGACCCAGUACCUGCCAUGUCCAGCCACACAGGGCUCCUCACCCCUGGGCAGCAGGAAGUAGCUACAGAAGAGAAGACCAUCGCCCCCAGCCCAUAUAACAAAAGGCUGGAAUGAUAGGUUCCCAGGAGGACAGAGACAGACCCCACCCCCUACCCCCAACUGUGGCUCUUCACCCUGGAGCUAAAAUGUGGUGCUCAGGUUGGGCGGCAAGAAACAGUGGUCUGCAGAAAACAACUGCCUGCAUAGAUUAACCACCUACAGGGAUUAACUGCCCUCUGUCCUGGGGCUCAACCCCCUACCCCUCCCUUCCCCCUCCCCUCCUCCUUCUUCAUUGUUCCUGCCACAAGUUCCCACCAUAAACUCCAAGCACAGAUUCCCGCCACAGAUCUUUCUAAGCCUAGCUCCUCCAUGGUGAGCUCAGCCCAUGCCCCUCUGAUGCCUUAAUAAAUCUCUCUUGCUUUACCCCCUUGGCCUUGUGCAUUCCUCCCUCUGCAAACCCAACAGGUUCCAUCAUGGGGUUUGCCUGCUUUCUCAAAGGGGACAGCUCUCUGUCAGCGGGAUACCGAUGGAGCAUGGGGUUCUGGUCUGCUUCUGAGCAGCAUUCAUGAGCAGCCCUGUUGCAAGGGGAAGGGGCCGGGCAAAAGAGAGGGAGCAUCCUUGGGGAGG